AUGUCUAGUACACAGUUAGAAAACAUAUAUGCUCCAUUAUAUGCCCCAUUCUUUGGGUUUGCAGGUUGUGCAUUUGCAAUGAUCUUAUCAUGUAUCGGUGCCGGUAUUGGUACUGCAAAGUCUGGCUUGGGUAUUUCAGGUAUUGGUACCUUCAAACCUGAAUUGAUUAUGAAAUCUUUAAUUCCUGUUGUUAUGUCAGGUAUUUUGGCCAUUUAUGGGUUAGUUGUCGCUGUUUUAAUUGCCGGUAACAUUUCUCCAAGCGAAGAAUAUACUUUAUUCAAUGGGUUUAUGCAUUUAGGAUGUGGGUUAUGUGUAGGUUUUGCUUGUUUAAGUAGUGGUUAUGCUAUUGGGAUAGUAGGUGAUGUUGGUGUAAGGAAAUUUAUGCAUCAACCAAGAUUGUUCGUUGGUAUCGUUUUAAUCUUAAUUUUCAGUGAAGUUUUAGGCUUAUAUGGUAUGAUUAUUGCUUUGAUUAUGAACACUCGUGGUAGUGAAUGA